AACUCGGCUGCAGCCUGAAGAGAGCCACACACACUCACUCCCAGGUCCCGAAUAUCUAAAUUAUUGGGAGGGAAAAAAUCGUAUAAAUUAUUUAAAAACAAGCAAAGAAGACAUCGAAGAGCGUGCGUGGAGUUGGUGGCGUGGGUCUCUCCCACGGUGGCUUUCUACUCGGGAUGGACGCUUCCCUGGGCUCCAAGUGAAAGUUGACUAAUGCAGUGCUGGAAACUUUUUGAGUCAAGAUGCAGAAGAGUAUUUGGCACUCACCGCCAAGUAUGGCUGUUGGAACUGGGUGAGGAGGAGACGUAAGGGGAAGAAAAGUGCAACACGUAUCAAGGGACUAAAGACGGACACCAGGAAUAAUUGUCGCGCAUCUCGAUGUUUCGUUCAAGUUUCUACUGAGCCGCCACUUUGCCACCCUACCGCCUGCCGGCCCUCCGACUUCGACAUUGAGCCCGCAAGGCAGGGGAGCCCCAAGUGGAUUUUCAUGGCAGCGGCACUCUAGGGCUGCCAUGGCAGCUGCUGCCGCCGAUGCCUCACACCGUAUUACCGCACUGACGCCGGAGGAAGAGGGACGACGGAGCGCCGUCAAGUUGUUUGGGAGCGCCGGCUCGCUGCUACGCACAGAUCGAGAGAGGGGGAAAGAGCGAGAAGAGGAGGAAGAAGAGGUGGGAAGAGGGAACGAGUGUUUGGUGUGUGGGGCUCUGUUUGCCUCUCAGGAGAAGCUCCGGCUCCACGCCUUGAGUCACACGGGAGAGAAACCCUUUCACUGCUCACAGCCACACUGCCCCAAGGCCUUCAGCUCCAAAUACAAACUCUUCAGGCAUAUGGCCACACACUCUCCACAGAAGACCCAUCAGUGCUCGUUCUGUGAGAAAAUGUUCCAUCGCAAGGACCACCUGAAGAACCACCUGCAGACCCAUGACCCGAACAAGGAGGCCUUCAAGUGCGAGGAGUGCGGCAAGCCUUACAACACCAAGCUGGGCUACAAGCGCCACGUGGCCAUGCACUCGGCCACCGCCGGGGACCUCACCUGUAAAGUUUGCAUGCAGAGGUACGAGAGCACGCCCGUCCUCCUGGAGCACCUCAAGAGCCACUCGGGGAAAUCUUCCGGCGGGGCCAAGGAGAAGAAACACCCGUGCGACCACUGCGAUCGCCGCUUCUACACGCGGAAGGACGUGCGGCGACACAUGGUGGUGCAUACCGGUCGCAAGGACUUCCUGUGCCAGUACUGCGCCCAGCGCUUUGGCAGGAAGGACCACCUGACGCGGCACGUGAAGAAGAGCCACUCACAGGAGUUGUUGAAGAUCAAGACCGAGCCUCCGGAUAUGCUAGGCCUCCUCACCUCGGGGUCACCUCCUUGCUCCGUGAAGGAGGAACUCAGCCCCAUGAUGUGCAGCGUGGGUCCUAAUAAAGACCCCAUGAUGGGCAAGCCCUUCUCAAGCGGGGCCCCCUUCCCCAUGGGCGUGUACAACCCCCACCACCUGCAGGCCAUGUCAAACUCCGGGGUGAGCCACCCUCACCCGCCCCUGAUGUCCGCGCCCCUGUCUGUGGGCAUGGGCUGCCACGUGGACUCCACUGGAUCCCUGCACCCGCACUCCCAUCACCACCACCACCAUCACCACCACCACCAUCACCAUCAUUCCCCUCCGACACCCCCGCCCCACCACCAGUCCUCGGCCCCCCAGCAGCAGCACCAUUCCCAGCAAGGCCCCAAAUACCAGCUGGGAUCUACCUCAUACCUGCUGGACAAACCCUUGAAGGUGGAGAUGGAGAGCUUCCUCCUGGAUCUGCAGAGUGGCUUGCCCGGCCCGCUUCCCUCCUCGGAGCCUCACGCUGCUGUAUCGCCCCCCAAGGAUGGACUGGAGCCUCCUGCUGGCCUGGCAGAAGAACUUUGCGGGGAUCCCCUGCUGUCCAAGAGCCCUGCGGUGAUCGCCGAGUCUCUGUCUGCUGCUAACAUGGACUUCUCCCACUUGCUGGGCUUCCUCCCGCUCAACCUCCCUCCUUACAGUGCCCCCAUGAGCACUGGAGGACUGGUGAUGGGCUACACGUCGUCUGCCACCUCCUCCUCUUCCUCCUCCUCAUCACUGCACGCUGGCGAGCCUCACGCCGCAGCAGCCGUCAUGGCGCCUCUUACCUCUUUGCAACCACAACCUCAGGAGCAUCAGAGCUCCAGCGGGGGUCUGGGACUCGGACCCCUGCACCCUCUUCCACCAGUAUUCAGCUCCAGCCUUAGUACCACCACACUGCCUCGCUUCCACCAGGCCUUUCAGUGAGAGUGUUCAAGAUAUAUUCAAAUAUACAGUGAGUAGAUUUUUUUUUUUUUUUUUUUUUUUUUUUUUUUUUUUUUUAAAAGAACACUUACUAGAUGCCUUAAACAAAAGUGCACAAAAGUUUUUAAUUAAUCCCUUGAAGGAAAUUAAAAGGCCCUUUGUGGGGAAAAGGGGUGAAAAAAAGGCAGCAGCUUUCAUUUGGGAUUUUUCCACCUUUUUCCUCAAGUUUUAAACACGUAUUACCCUUUUUUCCCCCCCUCCCAUUGCCAUUUAUGUCCCCUUAUAUUUGCAUCCCCCUAUUUAGUAGUGUAGCAGGCAGAAUCAGUAGGCCAAAAGGCAUGGUACUGCUUCCUUUUUAAAGCAAUAGAACAACUAUAUCAAAGUUUAGUGACGAUCUUUAUUGUUGUGACCCGAAAAAAUUAUAGUUUGAAGUGGAUAUUUUGUGAUUUUAUGAUAGAACGUCUCAUCUUGAGAGGAGAAAAAAAAAAAAAGCUAUAAAGUCCACAAUUUACCUCAAACGUUGUCCCAUUUAAUAACACAAAUGGGAGCCUUCUGAAAAAAAAAAGUGCUCUUUUCAUCAAUUUGACGGGUGGCCCCUGUUGCGUGGCGUCCGUUACAGUCAAGUUUGAAUGGAAAUCAGAAAACGCAUGUGGUGUUUUAAAGGGGGCAAAAAGAGGAAGAAAUGUGAAAAGUGUUGGUUUAAAAAAUGAUGCUGGUUUUUUGAAAACUUUUCCUCAAGUGAAGCACUUUUUUAUUUUAGUAGAAGGCACUUCAUCUUUAGGAAUCUGCUUUGUUUCCUCCCUCAUGAUAAUAUUUUUGAGGUUGUAACACCCGGAAUCCACUGGGAUUCUUGUGCAGGAUUCUUAACUAUCCCAUAAAAAGAGCCUGUUUUUGUAAGAAUUUACCAGGAAUUUGUAUGGAAAGUGAAAAACGGAUGUUUUUUUUCUUGACAAAGCUUUGGCAUUUUUCUGUUCAACAUAGAAUGUUAUCAAAAAGACAUGCCAUAGCCUCCAAAUUCCCAAAUAUAUAUACAAUAUUUUAUUGUCAAAUGAUCCAUUUUAGCACAGCAGCAUGUCUGGUCUGUUGCUGGACGACACGCUAUUUGGUUUUAGUCUGGGGUACAUCCCUCGGAGCCCGUUCAAAUCCUGCUGGACUUUUUUUUUUGUACGCUUUCCGACUAAAUACUUGUGAGGUCGCGUUGCAUAAAAUCUGCCUCCUUACGUUAAACCUUCUCUUCCGAAAAGAUGUCAUGAGGAUCCCUGACAUAUGUGAAUGCUUAAAACAAAAAGAGUUACAGUGACAGAUGAGGAAAAAUGUGUUAAAGAAUGUUAUUGCAGUGUACGAAAUAUCUCAUAAAUGAUUAUCAUAAAUACUUUUAUCUCAGUAAAUGUGUAUUUUAGGUAGUUAAAGUGGUGAUGUUCUUCUUUUUGGAUGUCCGGCAGGUUUACAUUUAUGUUUAUCUUGCAUUUUUCUCAUCAAACAAUGGAUGGAGUAUUAGCUUUUUCCCUUGAGCUUUGUGUCAUAUCCAGUCUACCUUCGCGUGUACUUGAGUUUGCACAGUGGAAUCAGAACUGUGGAUUUAUAGCAGGCUGUUAGCGGCUUAUUCAUCACUUAGGAUUUGAGCUAACUAGAAUGUCUCAAUAGAAAUGCUGACAUAGACGGACGGCCUCCACGCGUGAUCAUAGGUCAUUGUCCGGAUGAUGUAAGUCUCAUCCGGACAGCUCUAUGAAGCCAAGAUAUUUUCAAUCCUGCUCACCGCUAACCUAUAGGAACCUGAGCCCAAACUUAACCCUCAUAUAGUGGAUACAGAAAGUGUGUUCAGGGGAAAUCAAGUCAAACAUUUUCUUUAAAAUAACAUUCCAUGCGGUUUCACGAGUCUAAACACGGUAUUCAUAUUUCACAAACAUAAUAUUUGUCAGAAGACCAUGUUUAGACUUGUGGGGCUGCAUAAAACAUAUUGUAAAGCAACAUUUUGACAUGACUCCUUCUAUACGACCAUGAUAUAUCAUCAACAACAAAAAAACUACAAACGAAUGUAAGGAAAUGAACAAUUUGAUUGAAAAGAAAAAAAUCUCUUAGUAGAGAGGAAGAAAACUACUUUGUUUUAGUACUUGCUUGAAUGACAGUGUUUUUGGAUUGGGCAUUUUCAACAUGACACAAACAAUAUUUGGCCACUCUGUCAAAAUGAACUUCUAUUCAGACCUGCAUAAAUGCUUCCACCUAGGAAUCAAACAGCCCCAAAGCAUGAUGUUGCAUUAUGCUGCUUCACAAAUUCUUCUACUGCUGAUGUUUUAGACUUAGUAUAUUUUUUACAAUGGUAUCUAAGUUUAACCUUCAUCAAACAAUAACCCAUCAUGGAGCAGGACAUACGUAGAUGUUGUUUUUGCGGGGAGAAGAAAAAUCUGGCAUCAUAACAAUAGAAUGAUUUCAGCUUUCAUCCAUGACAUCUUUCACCAUUACAUCCAAAUCAACAGAAGAACACUUUCACUAAAAGAAGGGGGGGAAAAAAGAAGCCCAGACCUGAAACCAAUCUGAGAUGACACACUCACAAUCUGACCUGCUCUUAUGUAAGAUUUGUUAUGCUGAUCAGCUCCUACCAAUCAGUUAUUCAAGCAAAAGGAGCUCCCGCAAAAUGUCCGUUUUAGGGUGUGAUUUUCGUGAUUUCGUGUAUUGAUAAAGUCACAAAAAAACCUUUAUCCACAAUAUGUAAUACUCUCAUUUAAUGCUGCAGCCAAGCUCGUGCAACAAGCUACAAGUAGGCCACGCCCAUUUCAGAAUGUUGAGUUGUUGAUGAAUAACAAACAAAAAAAACAUAGCACAUAAAAAGUAAAAUACGUAUUGCUGCUUGUAGCUACGGUUGCAGACAACUGUAGACCACUAGAUGUUCUCUUUUUUUGUUUGUUUGUUUUUUGUUGUUGUCGCAAAAUGGACAGAAGGAUGCACAACCAACCCAAACUGACAAAAUGUACAUCAGCCCCUCAAACCUCAGCCCCCCCACUGCCCAUCUUCCCUCUCUCUCGGCUGCUUUGUAGAGUCAAAGAAAAAGGGUCUAAAGUAAUGACGGGGUGUCGCUUUCUUUUUUUCAUUUAUUUGUCUUGUUGUUUGUUAAUAUUGUGUUAUUGUCUGUUUGUACAAAGGACCUCGAGAGAAAAUACACAACACAUCACCUCAUUUUUUGUUUUUCUUACCAAAACCUGGGGAGAAGAAACUACAUUUUUGCUCAAUCGCUUGUCAUGAAAUGCUACGUGCCAUCCGACAUUUCUACUGUCGGAGAUGAAAGCACCAAGCUGUAAGCAGCUAUUCAACAUAUAAUACUCAUCCCACAGUCACCAGUAAAUCCCCUAAACAAUGUCAUUACUUAACUCUGGAAUUAAUUUCAAGUGUCAUUUUUAACCCCUGCAACGUACUUAUUUUAAAACAGGCUCUUGUAAAUAAAAUACGACAUGAUUUAUGGAGUCUAAACAAAUAAGCUGACGGCACCUUUUUUGAGUUUUUAACACAAGAUGUCUUGAGGGGGUAAAAAAAUAAAGAUUAAAAAUUGAGCUAUAAUAUGAUUCAAAGAAAGGUUGUUUCUAAGAAAAACCCUCUUGGCUUAAGCCAACUAUUGUAGCAAUCAAAUUUAACACGAUCUAUUUUUUUAGCAAAUAUUCCUAAAGAUUAAAAAAAGAGGAAAAACUCAAAAAUCCCUCUGUAUAGAAAAGAAUAAAGAAAUGAAAAGCUUUUGGCAUGUAUUAAGUUUGUCCUCCCUGGGUUUCUGUGAGCUAAUCUGAGUUCUAGCACUUUCAACCUUUUUGAAAAUAAGAGUAUUUUUUUUUCCUUUAAAAGUUUCAGCUUAUAUGUUCAUAUGUUUUUUAAAUUUUGUAUUGAACCUGUAUAUGUAUGUGCCAUUAGCUUGAUGUGUAGACUUUUAUCAGCAUUUGUGCAUUUCUCUUCUCAAAAAAAAAAGAGUAACAGUAUUUUUGAUAGCCUUUUCACUAUUAACCUUUAUUGAAUUAAAGCCCAUUUACCUAUGCCCUUCCCAUCCCCAAUUAUACAAAUAAUAGUCUAAUUCCCCGGGCAAGUGCUACAAGAACACAGCAGCAUACUGUUUACUGUGCCAAUGGCUCAGAAACAUAAUAAAAAAAAAUGAAAGAAAAAAAAAGCACUUAAAUCUCAUGAAUUAUUAUGUCCCAUGUUAGGGUAGUGCUGUAGUGCUACAAAAUUUGCAUUGAAAAUUGCCUCUUCAGUAAUUCACUCUCCAUCUGUCAAAUAGCACUUAACUUACAAAGGGUAGUGAAGCCUAUUCCAGACAAAUCUCCUUUCAGUCAUGUCGGACAGAUUGGCUUUUACAGAAUUUUCAUUGCAGGCAUAGCAUCUGUAAAGUUGAAAUUGAUGGUGGAAUAGUGAAAAGUGAUAAUAUGGUAGACCUAUUCUAUAUUGGUUAAUUUAAUCAUUAUGAAAGGUUGACAAGUGUGUAUUAAUACUAUUCAAAGGCCCUUCAUGGAAUAAUGGUAUAGAAUAUGGAUGAGCGAAUGAUUCAAUCACAAUUAAAAGCAUUAAAACGGUUUGACUUUAUAGUUUUAUAGUCUUUUACACUGAAUGGAAUCGCUCCAAGUGCUGUUCAGAAUGGUCUUUAUUAAUGCUUCACUUACAGCAAUACUCUGACAUGGCUCUUGCGUUUCUGUGAUGCUGUUGUGUUCUUUAACUUCACGUUUGGCCCCAUGACCUCAAGCUGCACCUGCUAGAGACGCACUUAUCCUCACACUUCCUCUUUACCGGCAGGUGUAUGAAAAAGAAUUCAUUUAAUUCAGGCUUUCUCUCUCUCCUCUUUGCUUUUUACUAAGAAACUGGGUACUGUCUAAUAGACAAAAUCCAAAUGUAGUUUUCUAUAUUUUUAGUUUAAUGUUCAAGUUGUGCAUUCCAGCCUUUUUGUUUGUUCGCUUGUUGGCAUAGAUCAUUUUAUUUGUAUCACUUGCUAUGACAGCCACCUCUGGAACAAAAAAGGGUGAAAACAGUUGUAUUUGCUUACAGGAUGUCUGUCAGACAGCUACACAGAUUACUAUUUCAAUGAUGUGCUUGGGAGAAAGGAAGAAAUAUCAAUAAGCAGUGAGUCUUGCUUUUUUGUGUAACAUAUCUCACAUCAGUUGCUGCAAUGUAAAAGUGACAGAGUUGUAUAUUGGUUGAUCCAAAGACAUGAUGAUCACAACAACAAAACUAUUGACUUAUUGUACAGUACAGUGUAUGACUUUUGAGUUGUAAUGUGUUAUGUUGACAUGAUUAAAAAUACAAACCAGCGCA